AUGCCGCCUCCACAAUAUGCCAACAAGGAGAAACGUGGCGUCAUCUUCAAGCGUGCGGAGACAUACGUCAAAGAGUACCGUGAUGCCGAGCGAGAGAAGAUCAGGGUCGCUCGCCUGAGCCGGCAACAGGGAAACUUCUUUGUUGAUGAACAACCCAAAUUGGUUUUCGUCGUCAGAAUCAAGGGUAUCAACAAGAUCGCCCCCAAGCCUCGCAAAAUUCUCCAGCUCCUCCGCCUGCUCCAGAUCAACAAUGGUGUCUUCGUCAAGUUGACCAAAGCCACGCAAGAGAUGCUUACCAUUGUCAACCCCUACAUUGCCUACGGCUAUCCCAACCUCAAGACCGUUCGCGAGCUCAUCUACAAGCGCGGAUAUGGAAAGAUCAACAAGCAACGCAUUGCGCUCACUGACAACCAACUUAUCGAGGACAACCUGGGCAAAUACGGCAUUGUGUGCAUGGAAGACUUGAUCCACGAGAUCUUCACUGUUGGACCGAACUUCAAGCAGGCCAGCAACUUCUUGUGGCCCUUCAAGCUGUCCAACCCCAACGGUGGUUUCCGUGCCAGGAAAUUCAAGCAUUACAUCGAGGGUGGUGAUCUGGGUAACCGAGAGGAGGCUAUCAAUGCUCUGAUCAAGCAGAUGAACUAG